CCCAGGUGCUUCAAUCAUUCGACAACACACACCCAAGUUUCCGGCACGUUCCGGGGAAUUUACACGAGCUCCAACGACACACUUUCAAAUUUUCAACUAGUCUUUGGCCAUGGACGAGUUACUAAAUCUGAGUUUAAGCUGCAUACAGAACCCACUGGAUGAAUCCGAAGAGGAACUGGAGGAGGAACAGGAGGACGAGGAGUGGGACGAGGAGUGGGAGGAGGAGGCGGAGGAGGAGGAGUCGGAGGAGUCGGAGGACGAGGUCGUGUUCGAGGAUGGCUCCCGGUUGCUCUACUACUUCAGCCAAAUUUUCCACUUUCUGAGCACAAAUAUCUUCAUGACCACCUAUGUGGAGCAGAAGGAUAGUGAAUACUUCGCCGGAUUCAGUAAUCUGCAUUUUGUGUGUCCGAUCCGGGAGGAUCGACAGGUGAAGCGGCACCGCUUCUGCCACCUGACGGUCUGCUUCCACGCCUUCAGAUCUUCCACAUCGGCCUGAGGAGUGCAGGCGUGUCACAGCCAAAUUGAAAUUCCAUUUGGCAUUUGUUCGGAGUUGUUGGCCCAUCUCGUUUCAUUUUGCGCCCUGGCAUUCAGCUCCCAACCCCCUUCUCCCGCUCCCAAAAAGAAAACCCACGUCUCUGCCCUUUUCUCGGGGCCCUCUGUUUGUUCGUAUGUGUGUGACAUUUUGGCAGCAGUUCAACGGAAAAACGUUUGGCAGCAGGGCCAGAAAAUGAUAAGCCGGGGCAGCGCAAAAAAGCAGAGGGCCAAACAACCAAGGAAACGGUUCACUGAGUUAAAUAAAAAUUGAAAAAAGUGUAA